ACCAACCAAGCAAGCAUCGAUCAAGCCUUGCCUUCUCCUGUCCUGUCCUGUGUCCUGCGCGCCGCCGCCGGACCAGACAGGUCGAGGCGAGUCGGCAAUGGCUGCGGGCGAGCUGCAGGUGCUCGGCGCGCUCGACGCCGCCAAGACGCAAUGGUACCACUUCACCGCCAUCGUCGUCGCCGGAAUGGGCUUCUUCACCGACGCCUACGACCUCUUCUGCAUCUCCCUCGUUACCAAGCUCCUCGGCCGCAUCUACUACCACGUCGACGGCUCCCCCACCCCCGGCACCCUCCCGCCGCACGUAUCCGCCGCGGUCAACGGCGUCGCCUUCGUCGGCACGCUCUCAGGGCAGCUCUUCUUCGGCUGGCUGGGCGACAAGCUCGGCCGUAAGAAGGUCUAUGGCAUGACGCUCAUGCUCAUGGUCCUCUGUUCCGUCGCAUCGGGCCUCUCCUUCGGCCACACCCCUGCAUCCGUCAUGGCCACGCUCUGCUUCUUCCGCUUCUGGCUCGGCUUCGGCAUCGGCGGCGACUACCCGCUUUCCGCCACCAUCAUGUCCGAGUACGCCAACAAGAAGACGCGAGGAGCGUUCAUCGCCGCCGUCUUCGCCAUGCAGGGCUUCGGCAUCAUGGCCGGCGGCCUCGUCGCCAUCGUUGUGUCCGCGGCGUUCAAGACCCGCUUCCCUGCCCCGGCCUACGCCGUCGAUCCCGUCGGCUCCACGCCGCCGCAGGCCGACUUCGUGUGGAGGAUCAUCCUGAUGCUGGGCGCGAUGCCGGCGGCGCUCACCUACUACUGGCGCACCAAGAUGCCCGAGACGGCGCGGUACACGGCGCUGGUCGCCAAGAACGCCAAGCAGGCCGCGGCCGACAUGUCCAAGGUGCUGCAGGUAGAGAUCUCUGCUGACGAGGAGCAGGCCACCAGCAACAAGGAUGCUAGAAACUCCUUCGGGCUCUUCUCCGGCGAGUUCCUCCAGCGGCACGGGCUGCACCUCCUGGGCACGUCCGCGACGUGGUUCCUUCUGGACAUCGCCUUCUAUUCGCAGAACCUGUUCCAGAAGGAUAUCUUCAGCGCCGUGGGGUGGAUCCCCAAGGCGGCGACGAUGGGCGCACUGGACGAGCUGUUCCGCAUCGCGCGCGCGCAGUCUCUGAUCGCGCUGUGCGGCACGGUGCCGGGGUACUGGUUCACGGUUGCGCUGAUCGACGUGGUGGGGCGGUUCGCCAUCCAGGUGACGGGGUUCCUGAUGAUGACGGCGUUCAUGCUCGGGCUGGCCGUGCCGUAUCACCACUGGACGACGCCGGGGAACCACAUCGGCUUCAUCGUCAUGUACGGCUUCACCUUCUUCUUCGCCAACUUCGGGCCCAACGCCACCACUUUCAUCGUGCCCGCGGAGAUCUUCCCGGCGAGGCUGCGGUCGACUUGCCACGGCAUCUCGGCGGCGUCGGGGAAGCUGGGCGCCAUCGUGGGGUCGUUCGGGUUCCUGUACCUGGCGCAGAACCGGGACCCGGCCAGGACAGACCACGGCUACCCUGCGGGCAUCGGCGUGCGCAACUCGCUCUUCCUCCUCGCCGGGUGCAACCUGCUGGGACUGCUCUUCACGUUCCUGGUGCCCGAGUCCAAGGGCAAGUCCCUGGAGGAGAUGUCCGGCGAGAACGACUGCGCCGGCGAGGCAUCGGCGGGGUACAACAGGACAGUGCCCGUGUAGCCAUGCAAGCAAGAAUUAAGCUAGCAUGAGCAGCCAGUAAUGCGUCGUGCCCUUCGAUCCUGCCGAGGUUGUUGAGCCGUCGUCGUCGUCCGUGAUUCGUCCUCUUGUCUUGUACCGUGGAGCUUGCCGUGAUAUCGAUCGAUCGACCGAUCGGUGUUGUAACGUAGCUUUCGCUCUUAAUUAAGUACACCUAAAUAAUCGGAGGUCAGGCCAAUGUGCGUACUAAUGUGCAGCCCGAUCUGAUGAAAUGAAACGACUUGAUUGUCACGUGAAUUUCGAAGUGUUGUAGGCCCAUUUCCAU